AUGCUUGGGAAGAAAGGAGAGAAGAGUGAUAAAUUAGUGUGGAUGAGAAUAAGCAGAAAAGAUGGAUUUGAAGAGGCGUGGCUGGUAGCCUACGCAGAAAUUUGGGGAAAUUUUCGCCUAGUUUUGAUCCGGCUUUUGCAGUUUGAAUCAUAUCGAGAUCUAAAAAAGGCAUUUGAAAAGUUUGGCCAUCUUCUUGAUGCAAAGGUGGCUGUUGACAAGUUCUCUGGACGCUCUCGUGGCUUUGGAUUUGUCUCCUUUGAGGACAAGAAUGCAAUGGAAGAGGCCAUUGAAGCCAUGAAUGGAAUUGAUUUAGACGGCCGAACCAUUACUGUUGAUAAAGCACGUCCGAACCAGGGUUCAGGUAGAGAUUAUGACAAUGAUCGCUCACGUGACCGUGAACGUGGUCGAGGUCGUGAUCGUGAGUAUGGAAGUGGGCGGGGAUCUGGCGGAGAAGGGUGCUUUAAGUGUGGUAAACCUGGACACUUUGCUAGAGAAUGCCCUGAUGAAGGGUCUAAAGGCAGUAGGUAUGGGAGCAGGGAUGAUAGGUAUGGUGGCAGCGGUGGUGGGAGGGGUGGCAGUGGUUAUGGUCCUGACCGUAAUGGAGAUCGAUAUGGAGGCCGUAGCAGGGAUUCUGGUGGCCAUGGGGGAGGUGAUCGAUAUAGUCGUGACCGCUCUGGACCUUAUGAUCGCCGAGGAUCUGGGGGUUUCCGAUCUGGGUAG